AUGGUUAGUCCUUCACCACACAAGCCCCGGCGUCGGGGAGGGAAGAAGACAGGUGGAAAUGGCGGAGGAAGCAGCACCACCACCAGCUCCGACAACCAGAUCUCCAAGAAGGAAGCUCUUGUCAAGGUCCCGGUCUUCCCCUUGGCAUCCUUCCUUUGGCCUGCUCGAGGCUCUGUAUCGCAAUGGGAGGUUCUACCGUUGAUCCUCAUGGUGGUUGGUCUGUUCAGAUGGGCAGCUGGUCUCUGGGGAUAUUCUGGCUUCCAAAGACCGCCCAUGUUCGGAGACUACGAAGCGCAACGACACUGGAUGGAGAUCACCACACAGAUACCCGUCUCACAAUGGUACUUUCAUGACCUUCAAUGGUGGGGUCUCGACUAUCCGCCCCUGACGGCAUACCACAGCUGGCUCUGCGGCAAGAUCGGAGCCUUGAUCGACCCGACCUGGUUCGAGCUGUACACCUCGCGUGGAUCCGACGACCCGACGCUCAAGAUAUUUAUGCGCGCAACAGUCUUCGUUUCCGAAUACCUCAUCUACAUCCCCGCCGCCGUCAUCUUCGUCCGGCGAUUCUCCAGACACAGUGGCGUGCCGACGUGGACUGCGUGGAUGGCUCUGGUCGCAAUUCUGCUGCAACCUGCCACCAUCCUCAUCGACCAUGUUCACUUCCAAUACAACACCGUUAUGCUUGGCUUCGUGCUGGCGAGCAUGUCAAGCAUGCUGGCUGGACGUUAUCUCUGGUCCGCGGUCUUCUUCGUUGCAGCCCUCGGUUUCAAGCAGAUGGCGCUUUACUACGCCUUCUCUGUCUUCUCCUUCCUCCUCGGAAGCUGUGUAUUCCCCCUGAAACCUGGCCGCUUCAUCGGAAUUGCGCUGGUAACCGCGGCAUCGUUCAUUCUGUUGAUCCUACCUCUGGUUCUGGGUACGCUGAACGACGCUCGCCGAGGUAUCGACGCGCGACCUGACUACGACGGUCCACCGCCUCCUCUACCCCUUUUCCCCUGGUUGACCGACGUUCUCGACACCAACGCCCUCUACUACCCCGUGGUUGAGCAGCUUGUGCAGAUGGUCCACCGCAUCUUCCCCUUUGCGCGAGGCCUUUUCGAGGACAAGGUUGCCAAUUUUUGGUGUGCCCUCAACGUCGUUAUCAAGCUCCGAAACUACCCUUCCGAGCUCCUCCAGCGUGGCGCUCUCCUGGUUACGACCGCCUCCAUCAUCCCGCCGAACCUCAUUCUCUUCUUCCGCCCGCGCAAGUCGCUCCUGCCCCUCGCCUUCGCAACGACCGCUUGGGGCUUCUUCCUCUUCAGCUUCCAGGUCCACGAGAAGAGCGUUUUGCUCCCUCUCAUGCCAAUGACUCUUCUCCUAGCCGGCAAGCAGGGGCUGUCGCGGGACAUCAGGGCGUGGGUUGGAUUCGCCAACAUCCUCGGCACUUGGACCAUGUUUCCCCUCCUCAAGCGCGUGAACCUCAGCGUCCCUUACGCCGUUCUCACUCUCCUGUGGGCGUACCUCCUUGGACUCCCGCCGACAUCGUUGAGCGCCUAUUUCCAAGAAGAUCAGUCAGCGUUGAGAAAGUGGGCGACGUUCCUCCUUCAUGGCGGCUUUUACCUUGCCAUGGCCGCAUGGCAUGUGGUUGAGAACAACGUCUUGCCUCCUGUCGACAAGCCCGACCUCUGGGUUGUCGCAAAUGUGGGAUUGGGUGCGGUAGGCUUCGGCAUCUGCUACCUGUGGUGCUUGUUGCAGUUGGUUGUGCAAAGCGAUAUUUUGCCCACCAGGGGAAACUCAAAAACAAAGGCCAAGAGCCAGUAG